AUGCGUCUUCACCAAGUCCUGAUGUUCGGUGCUGGCCUCAUCAUGGGGGCUAAUGCCUACGAAUUCACUGUCUACAACAACGUUUUCGACUGCAAUGCCAAUAAAGAUUCCAAAUACAAGAUCUACGAGGGAAACGCAGACACUUGUAUCGCCCUUGGCAAGGCCCCGCCUUCUGACGCUAAAUGCUCUCUUUACACCGACGGCGGUUUUGCUGACCCUGCUGCCUGUGGUGAUGAUGGCUUCUACGGUGACUCUCUCUUCUUCAACUCCCUCAAAACCCAGGUUCUUGGAUCCAACACCUGCUGGGAAUGCGAGCUCUUCACCGACUGGAGCUGUGAGAUUCCGGUGAACCUGCAGACCGAUGACAAAUGUCAAGCAUACGGUGGACACGGCAUCGGAGGUGUCAAAUGCGGCCCAGCCAAGAAGCUUGGCGGCUGCUAG